AGACAAACGAAGAAGAAAUAAAAAGGAAGAUAAGAACUUAAAAGAAAAUGCCUCGAUUGUGGGCGGGCCAAGCGGCGCUCCUGCUGGCGCUGUUGGUGGCCCCUUCCCUCCCCCAGGGGCCGCUGCCUCGUGACGGAGGAGGCCAUGGUGGAGGAGGCCAUGGUGGAGGAGGACAUGGUGGAGGAGGACAUGGUGGAGGAGGACAUGGUGGAGGAGGACAUGGUGGAGGAGGACACGGUGGUGGGGGUUAUGGUGGGGGAGGGGGAGGGUACCAUGUCCCCGCCCCCACCUGCCAUCCCCAGACCAUCACUAAAUACAGGACUGUUUAUAAAGACCGCAAGGCACAGGUGGUCAAUAAUGUGGAGGUGAGGAACCCGAAGCCGGACGUGAAGAAGGUGGUGGAGACGCGCUACACGACCAUCCGCUACCCGGUGUUCAUCACGCAGGUCAUCAAGCCGCUCUUGACGCAGGUGGAGACGAAGGUGCGCCCCAUGUUCUUCACCAAGACCAUCAACCGCUACACGACCGUCAAGUUCACCGUGACGGGCAUCGGCCAGGUCACCGUCACGACCGUCAAGUACGAGAAGGAGUACGUGACGCGGUGCAUGAAAGGCUACGGCCACCGGCGGGAGGCGUCGGACGGGCCCGAGGUGCGCGAGAGCGACGUCGUGCCUGUAGCCGACGUGCCCUUCGCGCCCGCCUACCGCACGCGCGCGCCCGAGCCUCCGCCGGGUAUCCCCUACGAUUACGACGACGAGGAGAUCGAACCUUCGCUGCCCACGCCGGAGCGAGAGACGUCCCCCCCCGAGCGCCCCUUCCUGCGCCCCAUCACCCACGGCGGCUUCAGGGGUCCUCGUCCCCGCCCCCCGCCGCCCCUGCCUCCCGUUGGACCCCCGCCCGGGCCCAGGGGAAUCCUGGGGGCCCUCUCGCAGCUGGGGACCGUGCUGACCGGAUCCUACCGCGACCCAGACGAGGACUCCUACCAGGCCCAUGCGCCCCUGCCCCCCAUGGCCUUCCGGGGUUGAGGGCGUGGCGGGCGAGGCGGGGCGAGGCGGGCGAGGCGAUGGCGAGGCGAUGGCGAGGCGGUGGCGAGGCGGUGGCGAGUCGAAGAGAUGGACGAGCGAAGUAGACGGAAGCCAGAGGCACCAUCUAUCGCCCUCACGCCCAUGACCUCGACCGACAUCCGAGUGUGUCCGCCGCCCAUUUGUAUAGUGAUGUCAGGUCGUGAUGUAUUGCACUUUCUUCCCCUCCCACCCGCCCGCAAGAAGAGCCACGCAGCCCACAAAAAAAAAGAUUUCCUUACUCGUGAUGCAAAUACUCGAUGAUACCGACUCAUCUUUUCACGGAAUCGUCCCAAACGUAGGAGUAAAUAUGUAAACGAUAGAAGAGAAGAGGGAAGAGGUAAAUGCAGAAAAAAAA